GUUCGGGUUGGGUCACGGCGCAACGCGCAACCAAAAUAAAAAUCAGCUGUGAGAGAGAAAAAGACUGAUUAACUAUGGACUUGUGAUUGUGCAGUGAGAACUUUUAAGGUGUAUCAAAAUGUGGGGCGAAAGCAGUAAGAGUUGUGAAAAUAACUGCCAGUGCUCCGGCCUCAUCACGGACACGUUCACCAUCAACAGCGGCAACAGCGCGAGCAAGCGGCGGCGCGAUGAGGCGCUCCUGACCAGCUUCAAGUAUAAGAUGACCCCGCACAGCCUCAACCUGUCCCCGAAGUCCCCUACGCCGCCCAAACGGAGGCUGGGAUCUAAGGAGAACUGCUCGCCUAACAUUGGACUCUCAUACGAAAACAGGAUAGAAACAAGAGAGUUCCCACUCACCCCGAAACCUUACAAAACCCACACAUAUGAGAACCAGAAGUCACCGUUCAAUCUGACACCGAGAAAAGUCCUCGGAGAACUCCAGAACUCUCCGUUCAAUCUGACACCGAGAAAAGUCCCCGGGGAACUCCAGAACUCUCCGUUCAAUCUGACACCGAGAAAAGUCCUCGGAGAACUCCAGAACUCUCCGUUCAAUCCGACACCGAGAAAAGUCCUCGGGGAACUAGAUAACUCUCCGUUCAAUCCGACACCGAGAAAAGUCCUCGGAGAAUUUCAGAACUACUCACCAAAAUUCACACCGACAUCUCCGGCACCGAAAAGAGACUUAAGCUCUCUGACCCGCUCUCCGCUCUUUAAGUUACUUGAUACACCAGUGUUUGAGUCUCCGGUGAGCAGCCAGCGGUCGUUCAAGAAGAUUAGCAGGAUCUUCGAAGAGCGGAGUCGGUUCAAAAUGGAGAGUGAGAGGUUUGAGGAGGAAACUAGGGCUCCGUUACAGUUUGAGCAAGAGAACUGGACUGCUACUAAGUUGGACUUCACCGACGUCCUCCAAACGUCAUUCAAAGAAGAUUUCAAGACUGAAGACUCUUUCGUCCCCGAAAAAGAAGAAUUAGACCCAGAAUUCGACACACUCCACGACUUAGAAGCAGAAUUCGACAACGACACAUUCGACCAAUGCAACAAGUAUGAAAUCAUCUCCACCGACAGCCCGGACAUCAUAUCUAGAGGCAGGAAUCCUUCGAACCGGAAAAUAAAUGGCAGUUUUGUCUUCGGAGCACCUUUAGCGGACACCGAACAGUCUACAUCCUUCAACCGCCCAGCGAGAGCCUUAAACUUUGAGGACAGCUUCGAAUUCCCUUCGCCGGUGAUCAAGAAAAGCUCAAGCUCGGGCUCGGUUAAGAAAUCCCUCAAAUUCAGCGAGACACCAACUAAGGACUCCAUGAAGCGGAUAUUCACUUCGGACAGCACCACCUCGAUGGAAAGCGGAUUUGUAUCCGAGUUCGAUGACCAGCUUUUAGAUAUAGAAGAGUCUAACUCUCCCAAAGUUGCCAAUUUUGAUAAUUUGCUAUCGGGACCGAUUAAGAAUAAUGUUAGUAAUGUUAAGCAACCGCUGUAUAGGAGUAAAAGUUAUAAUCCGGCCCAGUCGAAGGCCAGGGUGUCUCUGCUGUCGAUACUGGAGUCUCCGCAGAAGCGGAGUCAGAAGAGAAGUGAGCCGGCUGAGGGGGGGGAGAGUAAAAGGAGGAAGUGUGAAAUAAGGCCGGUACUACAGCGGUGCUUCUCUGAGAAUAAUGCUUCGAUCAUGUCCGCUUUGGACCGAUCGGAUGUGAACCCGGACCUUAUCGGAGACUUCAGCCAGCCGUUUGCCCUGCCUCUCACUAGAGGGAGCCACUCGGACCUGAAGAGCAUCUCGUGUGACACCCUGGCCGGGCUCAUACGGGGGGACUUUCAGAACGUCACCGAAUACCAGGUGAUCGACUGCCGCUACCCUUACGAGUUCGAAGGCGGUCACAUCUCCGGAGCACAGAACCUGUACACCCCCAAUCAGAUACUGUCCCUCGUACAAGGUCCUAGGCCGCAGGGCAAGGUGCUGGUGUUCCACUGCGAAUUCUCCCUGGAGAGAGGACCUAAGCUCUCUCGCUUUCUCCGCUCCUCCGACCGCGAGAAGAACAAGGAGAACUACCCCUCCCUCCACUACCCCGAGGUCUACCUCCUCCACGAGGGCUACCGCGCCUUCUACCAGCGACAUCCGGACCUCUGCUCGCCGGCCGGAUACACCGCCAUGUUGGAUCCGAAACACAGGGACCUGCUGAGGCAGCACCGCUCUGUGCAGCAACCGUCGUCUUCUACGCAUCAUAGGAGGAAUCGGCUGCUGUUUUAGAGGAUAGAAUAGCUUGGUCUACUGGAAAGACUGGUGGUCUACUGAAAAUACCGAUGGUCUACUGGAAAGACCAAUGAUAUUUUGAUAAGACUAGCUUUUCUGGACUUAGUCUACUCGAAAAACCCACGGUCUUCUGUACAUUCUGGCUAUCUUAGCUUCAUUUACUUUAAAAACCUACGA